CCGGCCCGCGGGUCCCCGACCCCGGGGCUGGGCCCCGAGCCCCAAGCCUCGGGGCCGGGCGGGGGCCGCAAUGCUGCGCUACCUGCUCAAGACGCUGCUGCAGAUGAACUUGUUCGCCGACUCCCUGGCCGGCGACGUCUCCAACUCGAGCGAGCUGCUCUUCGGCCUCAACACCUCCGUGGCGGCGCUCAACAGCAGCUUCCCGACCCCCGGAGACCCUCCCCUCAACGGCUCAAAGGUGGGGCCAGAGGACGCGGUGCCCCGCAUCGUGGAGCAGCCGCCGGACCUGCUGGUGUCGCGGGGCGAGCCGGCCACGCUGCCCUGCCGCGCCGAAGGCCGGCCGCGGCCGCGCAUCGAGUGGUACAAGAACGGGGCGCGCGUGGCCACGGUGCGGGACGACCCGCGCGCGCACCGUCUGCUGCUGCCCAGCGGCGCCCUCUUCUUCCCGCGCAUCGUGCACGGCCGCCGCGCGCGGCCCGACGAGGGCGUCUACACGUGCGUGGCGCGCAACUACCUAGGAGCCGCGGCCAGCAGGAACGCCUCGCUGGAAGUGGCCGUCCUCCGCGAUGAUUUCCGGCAGACUCCAGGGAACGUGGUGGUGGCCGUCGGGGAGCCCGCGGUCAUGGAAUGCGUGCCCCCCCGCGGCCACCCGGAGCCUUCGGUGUCCUGGAAGAAGGACCGGACGCGACUCAAGGAGGAGGAGGGAAGGAUCACGAUCCGUGCCGGGAAGCUGAUGAUGAGCCACACGUUCAAGAGCGACGCGGGCACUUAUGUGUGCGUGGCCUCCAACAUGGCUGGAGAGCGCGAGAGUGGGCCUGCGGAGCUUCUGGUACUGGAGCGCCCCUCUUUCCUGCGGCGGCCAGUGAACAAGGUGGUCCUGGCUGACGCCCCUGUGGAUUUCUCAUGUGAGGUUCAGGGGGACCCUCUACCUCGUCUCCACUGGCGCAAGGAGGAUGGGGAACUGCCCCCAGGCAGGUAUGAGAUUGGGAGCGACCACAGCCUCCGGAUUGGGCGUGUGCAUGCGGAGGAUGAGGGCACCUACACCUGUGUGGCGGAGAACAGUGUGGGCCGCGCCGAGGCGUCUGGCUCACUCACUGUGCACGUGCCGCCCCAGCUGGUGACACAGCCCCAGGACCAGAGGGCGGCCCCCGGAGAGAGUGUGGCUUUCCAGUGCAAGACCAAAGGAAAUCCCCCGCCCGCCAUCUUCUGGCAGAAGGAAGGGAGUCAGGUCCUGCUCUUCCCCAGUCAGUCACUGCAGCCCACAGGGCGUUUCUCUGUGUCGCCGGGGGGCCAGCUUAACAUCACCGGGGUGCAGAGCGGGGACGCUGGCUACUACGUGUGCCAGGCAGUCAGCGUGGCUGGCAGCAUCCUGGCCAAGGCCCUGCUGGAGGUGAAAAGAGCCUCCUCCGAGGCACUGCCCCCUGUUAUCCUCCAGGGACCAGCCAACCAGACACUGGCCCUGGGGUCCCCCGUGUGGCUGCCCUGCAGAGUCAGUGGGAGCCCCCCGCCCCGUGUCCACUGGAAGAAGGAUGGCCAGUGGCUGCAGGAGGACCUCCCCCGGCUCCGUCCACUGGCCAACGGUACCCUGUACAUCACCAGCGUGCAGGAGCUGGACUUGGGGCUCUACAGCUGCGUGGCUCAGAGUCCUGCAGGCGAGGCCUCGUGGAGCAGCUGGCUGCGGCGCCGCCAGGACUGGGGAGCAUCCCCAGAGCCCCCUGCCGAAGUCAGCACUCCACCUGGGCCUCCCUCGAAACCCGUGGUCACCGAGGUCACCAAGAACAGCGUUACGCUGACCUGGAAGCCCAGUGAGGAGGCUGGGCCUCGAGUGUCCUCCUAUGUGGUCGAGGCCUUCAGCCAGGCUGUGGGUAGCGCGUGGCGCACGGUGGCCGAUGGGGUACAGCUGGAGACGCACACAGUGGGGGGCCUGCAGCCCGACACCACCUACCUCUUCCUGGUGCGAGCCGCGGGCGCCUGGGGCCUCAGUGAACCCAGCCCCGUCUCUGAGCCUGUCCACACCCCAGCCAGCAACCCCACACGGCCAGCGGAUGACCCAUGGCGAGGCCAGCGGGGACUGGCCGAAGUGACCGUGCGUGUGCAGGAGGCCACGGUCCUGGGACCCGGGACCCUGCAGGUGGCAUGGACUGUGGAAGGGCCCAUGCAGCUGGUGCGUGGCUUCCGCGUGUCCUGGAGGGCAUUGGGCUCCGGAUGGACAGUGCAGGACCUGGCCGCACCAGGCCCCCAGACCACGGUGCUGAGGGGGCUCCCCGCAGGUGCCCAAAUCCAGGUCAAGGUGCAAGCCCAAGGCCAGGAGGGACUGGGCACUGAGAGCCCUGUGGUGACCAGGAGUCUCCCGGAGGAGGCCCCCAGUGGUCCCCCCCAGGGAGUGGCCGUGGCCUUGGGGGGUGACGGAAACGGCAGCAUCACCGUGACCUGGGAACCACCACUCCCUGCCCAGCAGAAUGGGGUCAUCAGAGAGUACCAGAUCUGGUGUCUGGGCAAUGACAGCGGCGCCCACAUCAACCGCUCUGUGGCCGGCUGGGCCCGCUCUGCGGUGCUGCGGGGCCUGCGGCCAGGCCUGCUCUACUGGACCCGGGUAGCGGCGGCCACCAGCGCGGGCGUGGGCGUGGCCAGCGCCCCGGUGCGGGUGCAGCUUCCCCCGCCCGCGUCCGAGGAGCCCGGGCUGGAGGCCGGGCCCGGGCUGGCCGAGCGCCUGGCGCGGGUGUUGCGGGCACCAGCCUUCCUGGCGGGCGGCGGCGCGGCGUGCGGGGCGCUACUGCUCGGGCUCUGCGCUGCGCUGUACCGGCGCCGGCAACAGCGCAAGGAGCUCAGCCACUACACGGCCUCCUUCGCCUACACGCCUGCAGUGUCCUUCCCCCACUCCGACGGCCUCUCCGCAGCCAGCGGCAGGCCGCCCGCCGGCCUCGGCGCCCCCUACCCGUGGCUGGCGGACUCCUGGCCCCACCCGUCCCGGAGCCCCUCGGCCCAGGACCCCAGGGGCAGCUGCUGCCCGGGGGGCCGUCCUGAGCCGGAUGACAGAUACUACAAUGAGGCGGGAAUUUCCCUGUACCUGGCUCAGACGGCGCGGGGUGCAGCGCCCCCUGCCGAGGCUCCGGGGUACAGCGGCGUGGACCCCGCCGGGGAGGAGCUGCAGACGUUCCACGCGGGCUUCCCGCAGCACCCCUCGGCGGGCUCGGGCUCCUGGAACCCCUACGCGCCCCCAGAGUGGAGCGAGGGGGACGGCGGAGCCAGGGCGGGCAAGGCGAAGCUCCUGGGGAAGCCGGUGCCCAUGCCCGCCCUCAGUUGGCCGGAAGCCCUGCCCCCGCCACCCCUGUCCAGCGAGCUGAGCGGCCUGGAAGGGCCUGAACAGGAGCUGGAGGGCAGCUCACAGCCAGAUGAGUGGUGCCCACCGGUGGCCGGGAGGAGCCAGCUGGCAGGGCCUCGGUCAGCAGGCUCGGCCCCUGCAUCCCCUACCCCAUCCUACGGGCAGCUGUCCACUGCCCCCCUGACGCCCUCCCCGCCUGCCCUGCCCCCGCCGCCCCCUGACCUGCCGCGCCUGCCACAGGGGUCCAGGAAGGUGCCCCUGGGGCCCAGCUCUCCCCUCAGCGUGUCUCAGCCUGCGCUGGGUAGCCACGAAGGCAGACAGGGGCCUCUGGGCGCUGGCCUGGCCCCCUCCCCACCCCUCAGUCCGGGCCCUGCCCCUGAGACACCCCUUCUGGCCUCUGCCCCAGGGAGGAGCCGGCAGGGGCCGGGGGAGCAGGCGCCCCGUGGCCGGGCCCGGAAGAAAGCCAAGGCUCUUCCCUGCAGGCGGGAGCAGAGCCCCGGGGACCUGCCGCCACCCCCUUUGCCGCCGCCGGGGGAGGAGUCGCACUGGGGCCCGGGGCUGAGGGCCGUGGGCAGCAUGUCCUCCUUGGAGCGGGUGCACGGCGGGGAGAGGAGGCCGGCUCCAGCGGCACCCCUAGGGGCACAGAGGGGCCCCCACCUGGACGAUGAGGCCUGGGCCCCCUACAGCCGACCUGGCUUCCUGGCACGGGGCCCCAGCACCAGCUCCACGGCGGGCAGCAACUCGUCCAGGGGCUCCAGCGGUUCUCGGGGCUCCCGGGGUCCCGGCCGCAGCCGCAGCCGCAGCCAGAGCCACCGCCCAGGACAGAAGCGCCGAGAGAACCCGAGAUGA